CCUUUUUUGUGAGAUGUCAAAUUACAAAUAAGAUCAAACAGAGAAAACUUUGGUACUGGGAUGGGAAUGGACUCAAUGGCGUCAAGCGUUUAUAUUUUACAUAUUUCCGUGGUUUUAUUUUGAUUGUAUAAUUUCUUCACUGUUAGAUUCCCAAAAAUAAAUGUAGACCUGUAGCAACUGUUUUAUUAUAAUAAUAUAAACGAAAAUGGCUGAAGUUAUAACAGUAAAAGUUGAACCGGAUUACUAUGGUGAAAAUGCCGAAGAACUAAAGUCUGAUCAACAUGACUACCAAAAUGUCUGCUCAGAAGAGAUAAAGAUAGAAGAAGAUGUGAUAAACACCCCACAGAUGAAUAUAGACUUUGUGGAUGUUAAAUCCGAAGUUGACACAUCAAUUGUUAAAGAUGAACCUCAGUUUCAGGAAAAUGACUUCAUAUUACCUGACUUAGAUGCUCGAGAUGGUCCUCCACUGCUUGGCUGUGGUGUGACGGAGGAUGACUUAAACAGAAAUGCUGUGAAGGAAGCUAGGAACAUAUGCGACUUUUGUCAAAGAGCAUUUUUAAAAAAAUCUCAUUUGCGCAUGCAUAAAAUUUUGCACAGUCAUGAAAGACUCGAAUGCCAUGUUUGCUAUCUCCGUUUCGAAAAAGUGGAAGAUUACAACGACCACCUACUCUCGCACGAUAGGAAUUAUUCUUGCUUCAUCUGUGGAAAGCGUUUCAAAAGCUUGUCAAAUUUACAAAAUCACAAAAAACUUCACACAGAUAUACCAUUUUUUAAGUGUGAUCACUGCUCCAAAGAAUUUACACACCAAGCAAAUUUGUCGCGCCACCAAAAAUUGGGUAUUUGCAAGAAUAAACAUGAUCUCACGUGCCCCGUCUGUAACAAAGUCUUUGAAAAAGCCUUCUUCCUCAAGAGCCAUUUAAAAAAGCAUACAACAGAAAAACCGUUUCAAUGCGAUUUGUGUUCUAUGUUCUUCAAGCAUAAGUCGACAUUGGCGCGGCAUAUCCAACUGCACAGUGGCGUACGCCCAUACUCAUGUACCUAUUGCAAUAAAACCUUCUCGCACAGGGGUUUAUUAGAGCCGCAUUUGCGAAAACACACCGGCGAAAAGCCAUUCCCGUGUCCCAGAUGCAGUAAAAAAUUCUCGCACAAACACAACAUGUUACGUCAUUUAGAAAGGCACGCGAAAGAGAAAAAUCUUAAAUGUCAAUUAUGUUUUAAGGUCUUUCCGCGCGAGAGUAGACUUAUUUAUCACAUGCGAUCUCAUACAAAUAGCAAACCGUUUAAGUGCGACGUUUGUAGCAAGAAAUUUACACAUAAAUCCAAUGUAUUGAGACAUUAUUCGAGAAAACAUCCGAACGAAAAGUAUGAGCCAAAGUUUACCGAUGCAACAGUCGCUAAACAAGUAUGGGAGAAACUUAUGCAAAAAUUAUCGAAAGAAGAGGUUCUCUGAAGUAACGAGGGAAUAAUAAAUCGUAAAUGUGAGGGAAAUAUGCAAUAUCCAAAUAAUUAUAGGUUUAAUAGAUGUUUGAUUUUGUUAAAGAUUUUAUAAUUUAUUUUUAAGUUUUAACUAUCUUUUUCAAGUUUGUAUAUUGGAUUAUAUUAGAAAAUACAACAAUUUAUGUAUUUAAUGUUAAUAUUUUCUAUCGUGUUUUGUUUUCGCUCUAAUUGCAAUAACUGCAUUGUGUAGUAGUAAAUCAUUUAAAAAAUCUCCCAACUCUUGUAGUUAUUUCAGCAAUAUAAAAAGUGAUAAUAGUUGCUUUAGCUGUUAAGUAUUAUUUUAUAUAAAUGACUUAAUUAUAUGCCAGAUGUGGUGAAUAAAUGCAAUAAAUAAAUAAAUUAUAGACUUGUAAUUUUAAUUAUUAUUUCUAUUAACAUACAUUAUAGUAAUUCUGUAAAAUGUUGCUUGUAUUAUGAAACUUGCAACAUAGUUUCGUAAUGUCACUGUCAAAUUUUAAAGAGUUGAGAUUUGUCACAGAUAUCAGUCCACGAUUAUUUAUGAUGUUUCGGAAUUCGUGUCUAUUUCUUAGAAUAACUUCCCGUAGUCCUUUAUGAUGCUUUAACUUGCGAGCGAAGCAUAUACGCAAAAGCUAAGAGAAUAAUAAAAACAACAAGAAACUUAAAUGCAUUUUUUAUUAUAGCUGACGAAGAGUUGAAUGCCAAUGCCCUGUCGAGUGGCAAAUAUAGCUGUGACGCAUGUCAUAGAGGAUUUGACACAACCCAAUUUUUGACAGAACACAAAAAUAUCCACCAAAAACAGAA